UUUUGUAGUUGGCGCAUGCUUCUUCUGGUCGGUGGCGACGAUGGCGGCGAAUGUUCCAAGAAUAACUCUGUCUCUAGCGGCUGUGAGAACAUUCCACUCUGGUUCAAUGGUGUCAGCUGGUCAGCAGUGGAGACUGGGCUGCGGGAGAGCUCGCAGCGGAAACUGAAUACGGACCUCUCCCCCGAUCUCCCGGACUGGUGCUACAGCGGACGGGGCAGGCGCCCACCAAGGGUCACGUGAGGCGGCUCAGCGGCAGAGAAAGAUCGGACAGAAGAUUCCAGAGACUGAUAUCAGAGAUGGAGAAGGCUGAAGAGACUGCUUAGAUCUGGGUUCAUUGCGUAAUGCAUCACCCUGCUAUAGAGUUCAAACCACGCUAAUGAAACGCACGGAAAUUCGGGCGCGAAGUGCGCAUGCGUGAUUUCUGCAUCUGCACGCUCGGUGUGUAGCUGCUCGGGGGCGGAUCUGGUGCCACCUGUGCAGCAGAGCACAACGCAAGCCAGAUCAUGCGUCGUUUCCGCCUGUAGCUUACCAGUUGCGACAGCAGCCGUGAAAGUUGUUAUCUUGUCGAAUUUUUUUGAUCCGCUCAUUGUCUUCCGUUGUGCGAGAACUACACCAAAGCUGCAUACGAUCCUGAUACAGAGCGAUCCAAGAGGAAAGAACAAAGAGAAGGAAGAUGCAAAAGGCAAUUGUCAAUGGACUGAACGGAGGAAGAUCGCAUCACGCUGCGUCGUCGGCGUCUUCCGCCAGCGGGUCCGGCUCGGGCUCCAGCAAACACGUGAGAUGCAUCGGCCGCCCGUACGUUAUCACCGGGACCAACCUUGGGCAACGGAAACUUUGCUCGAGUCGAGGCUUCGCAGUCCACACUCUCACACGGUCGAAGGUUGCCAUAAAGAUCAUCGAAACAGACAAAAUCCGGAGGAGUACGUCCGUAAGAACCUCCUGCGAGAGGCCCAGCUAAUGCGGAGACUGCGCCACCCAAACAUCAUCAGACUCUACGAGACCAUGAAGACUAGCAACCUCUACUGUCUGGUGAUGGAGGUGGCAGAGGGAGGAGAGCUGCUGUCUCACGUCAGAAACGACUUCAAGGAGAAGAGGCUUUCAGAGGCGACUACACGACCCUUCAUCAGACAACUGGUGUCUGCUCUUCAUCAUCUCCACUCUGCUGGAAUUGUUCACAGGUACAAACAACAAUCACACAUCUUUCUCUGUCCUGUUAGCCUCUUCAUUGUACCUAGCUAUGAGGAUUUAUACAGGCAUUAUGAGUUGGUAGAUCAAAAGACGCACACACUCUCGCACUUUGCACCCGUGGGACUACACUUACUGGACUCAUCGAUUAACGACAGCAGCCAGACAAUAAGACUAUUGAAGUGGAUGGAGACAUUAUGUUGGACCUCGAACAAGAUGCGGACAGUCAAGAUAGUUGGCCCCGGGAGCUCCUCAGACGCACUGCGGAGCCCGGAGUACGCGGCCCCAGAGAUGUUCAUCCCCGGCAGAGAGUACGGUCCAGAGGUCGACGUCUGGAGUCUACCUGAGAAGAGCUGCAAAUCGAGACAUCACACACUCACACAUCGCCACAGCAACAGCCUCAGUCCCUGGGUCAGUUUCAGCCUCCACAUGACUAGGUGUCCAAUUCGGACGGAGCUCAGAUCUGUGCCCAGACUAAUCCUCACGAGAAGAACCCCCCCCGGUCUCAUCCACCUCUCCACCAUCCUCCCCUCCGCCCAUUGGAAAGGGGAGGGCCGGAAGCUACCCUCCCACGCCCGCGAGGCUCCCUACCAGCCCACCCACUUCCUCCCCAAACUCGCCACCACUUCACAUCACACACCGGGCGUCCACAUCCAUGGCUGAGUCGAACCAAUCCUCUCCCUCUUCCCCUGGAGACCGUCUCUCGUACAGAAUAUCGCUCUCACUAUAAGAAAACGAAGGGGCAACCCCCCACAUAAAACCGCUCAACAACCUUCUUCUCUUCUCUUUCGCGACAAUCAACUUUUACCGAAGGUGGGAGCGUAACCAUGGCAAACAACCCACACAUUUGAUAUCCGCCACUCAGUCAAUGGGCGGGUCUUUGUCUCGACAAAAGCUCAGGACAAACCGAGCUAUGGAGAGAGGUUGCUGCGUCUGUUAGCCCAAUUUCGAUCGACCGGUGGGGCCAGACAAAGACAUCUGCCUCAGUUGAUCAAAUCUCGAUAUGAGAGGAGGGGGCAG